UAACACGAUAUCAAUUGAUGGUGGUAUCGUUUUGAGUAUCGUCAACCCUCAGUCAGAGUUCCACAAAAUGACGGACCGAAAAUUGCAGAAAACCAGCUUAGUGGAUAGGCCUUUGAGCAAAGGAAAGGGCGAGAUGAACAUAAGUACCUUUGCCCUGCUAUUCUCUGAAAUGGUUCAGUACUGUCAGAAUAGAGUUUCAUCGGUUCCUGAACUACAAAGCAAGCUAUCUGACAUGGGCCAACAUGUAGGAGUUCGAAUUCUAGACCUGCUAUUCAUCAGAGAAAGGGGAUUGAAAAGGGAAACAAAACUUCUCAACAUUUUGCUCUUUAUCAAGUCUAAUGUCUGGAAGGUUCUGUUUGGAAAAGAGGCAGAUAAAUUGGAACAUGCAAAUGAUGAUGAAAGAACUUGUAUCCUUUAUGAAUGUACAGUAUUUUGCAUACAUGUACAAUGUUUGAUUCUUGAUUUAUCCUUAUAUGAUGAUAUGAAUAAUUUCUGAUUGCUUUGAAAAUAAAGGGGAAUACUCUGGAUACAAAUGGGUCUAUAUUGAAUUCCCAUUGAAAGUUACACUACAAUGAGCAUUAGAAUCAAGAUAUAAUUUGUAUGAAAAUAACACUUUGUGCAGUUUUUAUUGAAAAGAAUAUUGUUAGAAAGAGAAAAAUGAUCUGAAAAAUGUACUGAAAAAUGUAAGUAAGAAAACUCAUACCAUUCCCAGUAUGUGGGUAAUGUUCCUGAUUAAAAAGUCAUUUUGAUUGAGCUCGUCAUUAUGUUCUCUAAAUUGGCAACACAAUGACAAAUAACAAAACACUGUUGAAAAUGCACAUCGGCAAUAUUUUAAUGCAUUAAUCAUUACUUCUGAGUCAUAAUAUAUCCAUAGUGUUCUUUUUUAAUAUUAAAAUGAAUAGAAAAUGGAUGAGAAUAUAAAAUAGAUGAUUGUUGCCACUUUGAGGUGCAAAAGAUGAUUACUAUGAGUCAUGUUAUAUCCAUUGUGUUCUUUUUUAAUAUUAAAAUGAAUAGAAAAUGGAUGAGAAUAUAAGAUAGAUGAUUGUUGCCACUUUGAGGUGCAAAAGAUGACUAAUAUGGAGUUACGUUUAUAAUAUUGAUUUACAGUGUAAGUCUGGAAUGUGGGAUGGUGGGAUUUGAACUUUGGGGACCAGGGAAAUGUUUCAUGAUGUAUUAGCAGUUUUUACUGAUCAAUUUUAAGAUGCUAGGAUCUCGGUAUAAAUGUAUAUUUGCAUGAGAAUUGACCCAACUCAAUGACAUUUCUUUUAUGAGUAAAUUAUCAAGAAAAAAAUAAAUGUUUUUCUUGUAUAUAUAUCCAAAACACUCCAAUGAGGAAUUGGUCAGUUUUCCAUUCAUUUCAGACACUUUCUAAUGGAAUUCUGGGACUG